AUGGUGUCACCACAAAACAGGGGAGCCUUCCUCGUGGCCGCAAAGGCACGACCGCUGGCUGUCCGCGAAGCGCCAUAUUCCCCUCCCGGACCAGGAGAGGUCGUCGUCAAGAACGCGGCCAUCGCCCUGAACCCCAUCGAUUACGCCAAGCAGAGUGUGGGAAAUUUUCUGUAUUCCCACAUCAAGUACCCCUUCAUCACGGGCACCGAUGUGGCGGGAGUGAGGUCGGACCCGAUGCCACUAGGCCACGCGCUCGGCAUGGAGAAGAAGCACAACAAGUCGCCCAUGUGUGGCUUCCAGCUAUACACGGUCCUGCUCACCAAAAUGGCCAGUCCCGUCCCGGAAUCCAUCCCGCUCGCAGCAAGGGACAGGAGCGCGACGCGAUACAGGUACGUGCUACCUACCUACGUCCUCGACUCUGCGAGGAGAGGGCAAGCGCCGGGCAACAAGCGGCUGACCAUGGGCGCCGCCAAACUGGGAAAAGCUGGCAACGGCGGCGGGCUAUUAGGUCGUCACUACGGGGUUAAGACCAAGUUCGUGUGGGGCGCGUCGCUGGAGGAUAACGAGGUCGGCAAGCUAAUCUACGAGGACUUCUUGCUGGGGGGCUGCGGGACGGCGUCUUCGUGCUGGGCCAUAGGUUGCUUCGUUGACUGCAGCAAAGGCAUCAUCAACGUGCUCUCGGUCCUUAAACUCAUUGAUGGCUUUGAUCCCGUGGUGGAUGCCACUCGGCAGGUGGGCCCCUUUAACCAGAAAAGGGAUCGCUCCCCCACUGCCGUGUCGGGUGUCAUUGGCGCUGCACUGCCUCGUGCUGCCCUGGCAGGCGGCGUGCCAUCCUAG